AUGGAUUUUGCGCUUCAAAAGCUGUGUGUACUUUCUGCUAGUUGGCACGCUUUGAUUACCAGUUUGGAGCAAAUCGAUCACAAAAAAUCCACCGCCUUAGUGCUCAUUGCAUCUGCUGCUCUGCUGCUAUACAAAAAUCGGCAACAAGUUCAGGGAAUUAUGGAGUGCUUUGGUAUGGUAGGUGGCGAUCUAACACGAGGUUUUAGAAAUGGUUAUUCCAACAGCAUGUUCAACAAAUGGGGAUCGAAAAACUCUGCGCAAGAGGAAAAGAUGUGCCAGCGUGGUGGAUACGUGGGUGGUCUUGUGAACGAUGGCAAUACCUGCUUUAUGAAUUCUGUUCUGCAAAAUCUGGCGUCGUCAAAAGCUCUGCUUCGAUUUUUGGACGAAGAAGUGCUCGAGGCACACAAGGAACUUGAAGAUAGUAGCUUCGGGGAAAUGGCUGCAGAUGGGCCCGACCAAAAUGCUACAGUUGCUGAAUCAAACGAACCGGCUAAAAAUAAAGGAUCUAAGAAGAAAACUUAUGGUAAGCGCAAAAAAAGACAGAGCAGAGCAACGGAGAAGGAGCUUGCCGAGGCAGAAGGAGAUGAUGAAGCGGUAAAUGUGGUAUUCAGUGCGACUCUGAAAGAACUUUUGGAAAAGCUCAACGAGAAGCACGGUAGAGAAAGGCCGUUCUUCAGAACCAACAAACUUCUAAAAACCAUGUCAAAAACCCCCAACAAAAGUCUCCUUCUGGGCUACGAUCAAGAGGAUGCACAAGAAUUUUUCCAGACCAUACUUUCAGAACUUGAAAAAAACGUGAAAUCCUUAUAUGGCAAGACCACAAAAGCUGAGAAUACACCUGUUCCUGUGAGCGAACUUCCAGAGAAUGCGGUUGUGGGUCAGCAGCGCCUAGGAAAUGUUGGGACUGUGUAUAUACCCACAGAUCAAAUUGAGCCUAACUUGGGCUUAGCCCAAGAUGCUGAACAAUGCUACACACCUUUCAAGUUAAUGACACCAUUUGACGGUAUCACGGCCGAACGUAUUGGUUGCCUACAGUGUGGUGAAAAUGGUGGCAUACGUUAUUCGGUUUUCUCUGGCUUGAGUUUAAAUUUACCGAGCGACAACAACAUGGGUUCAAGCCUCAAAUUAUCUGAACUUUUAAAUGAGUGGUCGAAGCCUGAAAUAAUUGAGGGUGUUGAAUGUAAUAGAUGUGCUUUAAUAGCGGUUUUGCAACAUCUAGAACGGACUCUAGCUCAAUACCAGGCCGCCGAAUCUGUUUCUGAAAAACUAAUCAAUGCUGUGGAUUCGAGAAUUCAGCAGCUUAAAGAUAUCAUAGCCAAGCAUGUAGUGGCGGAUGAAGACUAUAAAAAACUGCAUACCGAGAAUAUGGUACAGAAAACAUCAAAAUCAAAACAGAUUUUGAUCUCUAGACCUCCUCCUCUUCUGAGCAUCCAUAUCAACAGAUCGGUCUUUGACGUGCGCACGUACAUGAUAAGGAAGAACAAUUCAAGAGUUCUUUUCAAAUCCAAGCUAAACCUCGCACCUUGGUGCUGCGAUAUCGACGAGAUUAAUCUGGAUGCGCGUCUUCCGAUGUCAAGAAAGGAUCAACGACAAACAGAAUCGUCUGAAGACGAAAAUGUUGGUGGCGAGUUCUUCGCUCAGUUGCAUCGUCGUUAUGAAGAGGAAUUUGACGACAGUGACGAGGAAGAAACAACUUACCGUCGUGACGACCGCAACGUAUCGGAUUAUGAUCCUCUGAAGGGAGAACUAGUCACGUCAAGCGACGAAGAGGAAAACUCAGAAGAUGGUGAUUACGAAGUGGAUAAUCUUGGAAAUAGCGUUUACAAACCACGCCAAAAAGCUACUUCAAGUCCAGACGUUCACCAAGCGGAAAAUACAGGGGAGGUUGCUGCCGAGCCGGAGUCCAGUGUGGACGAAGCCUCGAGUUCUUCUGAUGAAGAAGUAGAGGAAGACAGUAUGGACCACGCAAUUGAGAAGAAGGAAAACCCUACUGCUGUUGCUGAUUCCAUUGGUGGUUGUGGCAAUGGUGGGGCUGCACCCGCGGCUUCAACGGUGCCGGUGGGCCCUCUUACAUAUGCGCUGCGGUCUGUCAUUGUGCACUAUGGUUCGCACAACUACGGCCAUUACAUUGCGUUCCGCAAGUUUAGGGGCCUAUGGUGGAGAAUCUCAGAUGAAAGUGUAUACGUUGUUGAGGAAGCAGAAGUUUUGUCUACGCCUGGCGUGUUUAUGAUGUUCUACGAGUACGAUUACAACGAAGAGGCUGGAAAGAUGAACGAUGACCUGCCAUGGGAAGAGACAGAGAUGGAUGAGAAGAACGAAUCUUCAGAUGAAAACUAG